AUGACUACCCUGCCAGGACGUAUCAACGUCACGGUGUGCACACCGUCAGGCCAAAGCUGCAUCAUUGCAGCCCUUGCAUCUGGAUGCGUGGACCAGCUUCAUGGUGCCAUUGAGCGGAUGCUGAUGAUCCCCAUGCCAGUUCAGCGAUUGAUCAUGACCUGCGACUCAGGCGCAAAAGAGAUCCACAGCAACGAGCUUCUAUCCACGCUUGGAUUGCAACCUGGAAACCAGAUCACAGUACUGAACAGUUGGCCCACCCAACCAGCUGAAAUUGUGGAGAAGCUAAAGUUGGCAGCCUCCUAUCCAUCUCGAAACACUGCAGCAGCAAUAGCACGCUGCUUAACAAACGAGGACAGCUCCGUGAAAGUGAGCGCCCUUCGUGCGCUCUCUUGGAUGACGCGCCAUGCCAGUGCCCACGCGAGUGACGUUGCAAAGCUCUUGCGCGAGGAUGCAGAGGAGGCCGUGGCGAUGGGUGUUCGUGUCAUGGACCCGAGACGUUUACCAAGAAUCCAAGUGAGAAAUGCCGCAGCACAUACACUGUCCUGGUUAGAGGAGGCAGGAGCAACGUAUGCUGCUGAUGUUCUAUUAUUUGGAUGGAAUGGGUGGAAGUUUAGUGCCUCCGAUGCUUUUGAAGAGAUGUGCCAGUCAGAGGCUGCCAAGACGCGGACUGCAGCAAUUCACUCAAUUGUCAAGAUGCUCGAAAACGAUUGUGGACCUUUGCCGGUGCCUGCCUUCCACAAGCUAUGCUGUUGCCAGAUCAGUCGUCGAAACCUUGUUCGAGCUCUUUUUGAUGAGGACGUUCACAACGUGUCUGCUGCUUAUUUGACAAAGUGUGUGCCAGCUUUUGAGGAAAGUGAUUGUGGAGACCUCCUAGAGCUCUAUAUUCACCUUGGAGAGGAGAGGUAUUCCGCCACGGCGGCUGGGAAUCAGCAUGAACUUGAACUCCUCCGUUUUUGUGAAGACCUGGCACGGAAGCUCGAUGGUUACUGGCCUAGAUGGCAUGGGUGGCAAGAGAGCAUUGACGAGCAUCCGAGCUCCGUGGAAGAGGCUGUUUGCGCAGUGGCUGUGAGCACGGUCCGCUACUUGCGCCGCCGCUUCCAGGAGUGGGAGGCCACCCUUGGGGCAGAGGAGGUUGCAGACCGACGAGAGCUACUGGAUUCGAUGGUCGAGUUGGGUUUGCUGAGCUCCCACUGGGAGGUCCGAAAAGCCGUGGUUGAGGCACUGAUGGUCCUCACAUUUGGGCGUCAUGCGGUCCUGGCAGUUGCCAGGGCCAAAGAAUCUGAGAAGAGAAAGGAAGUCCUGGAAGUGAUGGCGACCUUCUUCGAAAAACAUGACUUGGAGGAGGCACUGAAUGACGACUUUCAGAGGCAUUUCCAGUUCAUGUAUGACGAUUGGCUGUCCGACCUCGAGGACAGCGACAAAAUAGAGGACAUGGAGUCAGAUGAGGAGUGGCAGAUGCGCGACAAGCAUGGAGGCUACCUCAAGUCACACGUGAGCCGCAGCGGCCGGCAUCACAAACAACAUGGUGCGAACUCAUCCAAAGCUCCUCCUGCCGCCAUAGCUCGGCAAAAGAAAUGGGAUCGGCGUGCAAGACAAGAAGAGCAGCCAAAGUUCUCAGAAUCCAAGCGCAACCUCCAAAAGUUCCGACGUGACAAGGAGCAGGAUGAAAAGGCUAUGCAGUGGCUUCACGAGAAGUUCCAGCAAUUUCAGCUGAUUGAAGGAGAGGGCAUCGAAGUCACUCCAGGCGAGCGCAGCCGACGCCCUCGAUACCCCAUGGGCGCCUACCUGGAUGAUUUGCGGGUCUUGGAAGUAAUCGAAGACUCCGUCGCAGCGAAGGCUGGGGUUCUGCCGGGAGACAUCAUCCAACAGGUGGACGAUGUGGAGAUCACAACGCAAGAGGAGUCGGAGCUACGCCAGCAGAUGGAUGUGCCUGGGCGCAAGCGCUUCUUGGUGGAACGUGCUGGAGAGGAGGCUUGA